CACGGCUGGAACCAAGAAGGCUGUGUCCCUCUUCCUCUGGGCGUUCUUCCUGUUUCCUGCUGUCAGGAACCUCUUAGUGUCCACAGCAAGGCCUGCCACGGACCUGAAGUGACAGCUCUCACACUGCCAGUGGGGGGCACAGUGUUCAGGAUGCUCCUGGGGGAGUAGAAGCCGUGACCAGAGCCUCUACCCGGUCCCCCCCAAUAAUGAGGUCCCCCAUGAGUCAUCUGCUGGCUGGCAUGUGUGUAUGGGUGUCCUUGGGCUGGGGAGGGGGCUCAGCCCCCAACCUGGGCCCUGCUGAGCAGGAGCAGAACCAUUACCUGGCCCAGCUGUUUGGCCUGUACGGGGAGAAUGGGACGCUGACUGCAGGGGGCCUGGCGCGGCUGCUCCACAGCCUGGGGCUAGGCCGAGUUCAGGCCCUCCACCUGGGACACCAUGGGCCGCCAGCUGGCCGGGCUAUAUCCCCAGCUGGAGACAAUUUCACGCACAGGCCACAAGACCCUGAGCUGAGUGUGGAUGUCUGGGCAGGGCUGCCGCUGGAUCCCUCAGGGUGGGGUGACCUGGAGGAGCCAGAGGCCCCAGUACCACCUCAUGGGCCAGGCCCCUCGGGCCUGGGCCUCUUUCACAGGCUUCUGCUGCUGGACCAUUCACUGGCUGAUCAUCUGAAUGAGGAUUGUCUGAAUGGCUCCCAGCUGCUGGUCAAUUUUGGCCUGAGCCCUGCUGCUCCUCUGACCCCUCGUCAAUUUGCUCUGCUGUGUCCAGCCCUGCUUUAUCAGAUUGAGAGCCGUGUCUGCAUCCAGACCCCAGCCCCAACUCCCCCAGGGGAUCUACUGUCUGCUCUGGUUCAUAGUGCCCUGGCAGUUCUGCUGCUCAGCCUCCCCACUCCCCUCUCCCUGCUGUUGCUGCGGCUCCUGGGACCUCGUCUGUUGCGGCCCCUGCUGGGUUUCCUGGGGGCCCUGGCCGUGGGCACUCUUUGUGGGGAUGCGCUGCUACACCUGCUGCCACAUGCACAUGGAGGGCAGCACGCUGGAUCUGGCGGGAGGCCAGAGGAGGACCUGGGACCAGGACUGUCGGUGCUUGGUGGUCUCUUCCUGCUCUUCGUGCUGGAGAACAUGCUAGGGAUUUUGCGGCGCCGAGGGCUCGGGCCAAGAUACUGCCGACGGAAAAGAAAGGAUGUUGGAACACCAGACCUGGACCCGGAAAACGUCAGUGGGAUGGCACUUCAGCCCCUACGGGCAGCUCCAGAGCCAGGGGCUCAGGGCCAGAGGGAGGACAGCCAGGCCCCAGCCCCUCCUGGGCACCAAGGCCACAGUCAUGGGCACCAUAGUGGCAGUGGCACCAAUAUCACGUGGAUGGUCCUCCUGGGAGACGGUCUGCACAACCUCACUGACGGGCUGGCCAUAGGUGCUGCCUUCUCUGACGGCUUCUCCAGUGGUCUCAGCACCACCAUAGCAGUCUUCUGCCAUGAGCUGCCUCACGAACUGGGUGACUUUGCGAUGCUGCUCCAGGCAGGCCUGCCCUUCCGGAGCCUGCUGCUGCUGAGCCUGGUGUCUGGAGUCCUGGGACUGGGGGGUGCAGCCCUGGGGGUGGGGCUCAGUUUGGGCCCCAUCCCCCUCACUCCCUGGGUGUUUGGGGUCACUGCCGGGGUCUUCCUCUAUGUGGCCCUUGUGGACAUGGUGAGAGAUGUGGGGAAGUACAGGCAAACCAAGGGAAGCGGGGAGGUGGGUGUGGAGGAGAGGGCGUGUCGGUCCCUCUGCCUUCACGGUGGCCACCUGGCAGGGGGCUGGACCACAGGCCUGCAAGUGUCUGAGAAACAAGGGCUUGGAGGGGUCUGAGUGGGGCUGCUGACACUCUGACAUCUUCGUCUGGAGUUUCAGGGGCAGAGACCAGGCCAGGAUCCUGACGCUGUUCUUCUCUUUCAGCUCCCAGCCUUGCUUCAUCCACCUGAGCCCCUCCCUACGCUCAACAUGCUACUGCAGGGGCUGGGGCUG